AAUAAUGAAUUUAAAAUGGAGAAAGGAACCAGUCGCCGGCGUUGGUGUCCCGUCCGCCGUCACCGCCUCCGCCUCCACCUCCACCUCCGCCGCUCAAUCCCCAAAUUCACACCGCCUUGUUCUGUGUUUCCAUCUCAAAUCUCGUCUGAUUGUGGAUUCCAUGGCCGGCAAGUCCCUCUCCCCCUGUCGAUGUCUCAAUCUCAUUCAUGGCCGCUUUUGGGUGGUUAUAUGAAUUCUUUACUUCCCACUCUCCGCGCCACCCCAAAUCCCUAUCCCCAUCGACAUUAAAUAUGCUGAAACAAUCCCCAAAUGAUUCGCCCAAUUUUGUUCUUAAUUGGAGGAAUCUCUUCGUCACUCUUCUGCUGCGUGCUCUCGUCGAUUAAUCCCUCUCGCUACGCACACUCCACAUGGCGUCGUCUCUACCGACUUCUAUGGCGAUUCCGAUCUCGCAACCUUCGCCGACGCUGAAUCGCUGCGCCACCAGACGGAUUAAUGGAACAGUGUCUCGUUUCCGAUCGAAUUGCGUCAACUGUUCGAUCCAAACCGACCUCUCCCCAGAGUCGAAUCGAUUGUUUGAUGUUCCUGUUCUUACUUGCUCAGAGGCCAUUGAUAGGUUAAGAACAACUCAAAAAGCCUCCAAAAGCAAGCAGCAAUAUCUGGCAAUGUAUUCGAGCAUUUUUGGAGGAAUCACAACAGAUCCAACAGCAAUGGUGCUUCCAAUAGACGAUCACAUAGUCCACCGUGGGCACGGCGUGUUCGACACUGCCGCCAUCAUCGAUGGCUAUCUAUACGAGCUCGACCAGCAUCUCAACCGGUUCUUAGGAUCAGCAGCAAUGGCAAAAAUAAAAACUCCAUUCGACAGGGACACAAUUAGGCGAAUCCUCGUGCAAACCGUGAGUGUGUCCAAGUGCAGGGUCGGAUCGUUAAGGUAUUGGCUCUCGGCCGGCCCCGGCGAUUUCCAGCUGUCUCCAUCCGGUUGCCAUGGAUCGUCAAUGUACGCCAUUGUUAUCCAAGAUCACUCUCCACGGGAUGACAGUGGCGUCAAAGUAGUGACCUCUUUGAUUCCUAUAAAGGCCCCUCAGUUUGCUGUUAUGAAGAGUGUGAAUUAUCUUCCCAACGCGCUGUCAAAGAUGGAGGCUGAAGAGAACGGCGCUUAUGCAGCGAUCUGGCUGGAUGACGAGGGGUAUGUUGCCGAAGGGCCUAAUAUGAACGUGGCGUUUGUGACGAAGGAAAGGGAGCUUUUGAUGCCGAAGUUUGAUAAAAUUCUGAGCGGCUGCACGGCGAGAAGGGUGUUGACGCUCGCGGAACGUUUGGUUAAGGAGGGAAAGCUCAAAGGGAUUCGAGUAGGGAACGUUACGGUGGAGGAGGGUAAGAAGGCGAGCGAAAUGAUGCUUAUUGGAAGUGGAGUUCUUGUCCGAGCAAUAGUACAAUGGGAUGACCAAAUCAUCGGCGAUGGUAAAGAAGGUCCGAUAAGUCGCGCGCUGCUGGAUCUUGUUAUCGAGGAUAUGAAAUCGGGGCCAUCCUCGGUGAGAGUCCCGGUUUCGUAUUAACUCGGGUUUGUUCGUUUCUUUUGUUAUGGAACUAAAAUAUUAAGCUCAACUCGAUUCGUUUCGUCUAAGAUUGUUGAUAAUGCUUAUAAGCAAUGAGUUGGUGGAUUGUUUGGAGGCGUC